UCUUCAUCUUCUUCCUCUAGCUUAGGGCAAAGCAGUGCUCCUCUUCGCCGUCCAGUGCCCACCUUGCUCGGCUGCAGAGCUUCCGCCCCGCCGUGCUGCACCUGUCUCCUCCCCUCACGAGCGUCGCCGUUGCCGGUUGGGUUCCGACCUCAGUGCGUCCCCGGCUGCCUCACCCCGUCGGCGGAUUGGUUUUCCCGAGUUGCCUUGGAACUUUGAGCUCUUCAAGAUGCCUAGGAGGACAGAAGAUGCUGCUUUUGCCAAACCAGCUGAACCAGAAGAAUGCUUGAAGUUCGAUGAUCAUGAAGAGGACGUAGAAGAGGAAGAAGUUGAGUAUGAAGAAAUUGAGGAGGAGGUGGAGGUGGAUGAUGAUGAAGAGGAGGAUAUUUUAGAGGAAGUAGAGGAGGUUGACGAGGAGGAGGAGGACCCUGAAGAAAGAGAAGUUUCUGAUGAAGUUGAUGAUAGGCAAGAUAGUGACAGUAAAUUAGAAGUCGUUCCUCAGCAGGAUGCCCCCAAGGAUGGGAAGGACAAAGACAAGCAUGCUGAGCUUCUUGGUCUUCCUCCUCAUGGAUCUGAAGUAUAUCUCGGGGGAAUCUCCAAUGAUGCAACUUCUGAAGAUCUGAAGGAACUAUGCGAGCCAGUUGGAGAAGUUGUGGAAGUGAGAAUAAUGCCAGGCAAGAGGGAAAGCAAGGGGUAUGCUUUUAUUACUUUCAAAACUAAAGAUCUGGCUUUGAAGGCCAUCGAAAAAUUGAGCAACAAAACUUUCAAGGGAAAGAAGAUAAGAGUCUCUUCCUCCCAGGCCAAGAACAAGCUAUUUGUUGGUAAUGUACCCAACAGUUGGUCACAUGAUGACUUGAAAAAAGCAGUUGAAGAAGUUGGUCCGGGAGUACUAAAAAUCGAUCUCAUUAAGGACCCACGUACAGAUCGAAAUCGGGGUUAUGGUUUUGUUGAAUACUAUAAUAAUGCAUGCGCUGAGUAUUCAAGGCAGAAGAUGUCGACACCAAAUUUCAAACUAGACACAAACGCUCCUACUGUCAGCUGGGCGGAUCCGAAGAAUGGUGAUUCUGCCUCUACUUCACAGGUAAAAUCUGUAUAUGUAAAGAAUCUGCCCAAGAAUGUUACUCAAGGACAGCUGAAAAAGCUGUUUGAGCACCACGGAGAAAUUACAAAAAUUGUUCUCCCUCCUUCCAAAGAUGGCCAUGAUAAUAGGUACGGUUUUGUUCACUUUAAGGACCGGCACAUGGCCAUGAAGGCUCUGAAGAACACAGAGAAAUAUGAACUCGAUGGUCAGCUUCUGGAUUGCUCGCUUGCAAAACCACCUGCUGAUAAGAAGGAUGAUACAGUGUCAGUAUCUAGUUCUCACAAGUCUAGUGCAAAAGGAGGUCCAUUGCUCCAUGCCCCACUUGGAUAUGGUAUCAUGCCACGGCCAGAUGCUUAUGGUGCACCUCCUUCUUAUGGUGCAGCACAGCCUAUGUUAUAUGCUCCAGGAGCUCCUCCAGGUGCAGCAAUGGUUCCAAUGCUUCUACCGGAUGGCCGUCUUGUAUAUGUUGUGCAACAGCCUGCACCACAGCAACAUUUCGCUUCCCCUCCACCCCAGGCACGUCAGCAUCACCAUCAGCAUCAGCAUUUUGCUAAUCCUUCGCCACAGGCACGGCAAGUUGGACGCUGCAGCGGUGGCGGUAGUGGUGGAUCAAGUAGGUCUGGGUCUGGUACAAAACGGCCGAGGGGAGAUGACAACAACAGUGGCAGUCGCAACAAGGGCCGACAGCGUCGGUGAUCUUAGGAGCUCCAAACAGCAGUACUGCACUUUGGUUCUAGGACCAUCUAACUAAGUAAUAAGUGUAAAACCGGUUGGUCCUAUUCUUUCGAACAGAGUUAAAUUACACCUUUAGAUUGUAUUGGUUUGUCUGGUAUAAUUUCUGCUGAUUUAGAUCCAAUUUAGAACUGACAAGAUUUAUGUCUGAUAUUUCGCACCAUGUCAUAUUCAUGGUAGCUUGGCUUGUCCUGGCAAAAAGAUUGAUCCAGGGCAGAUUGCAUAAGCACAUAGCAAUGGCACUCUUUCGAGCUUA